AUGAGCGCGGAUCCAUUUGCCAAGUUGGACGACACUUCAUUGGUGCAAAAAUACAGCAGCCAGAACCCCAGCGUAGAGCUGUCAGCACGAGUACGGCAGCAGCAGAUUCGGUUAGGGCACGCCACGGAAUCUUCUUCAUACUCUUGUGCCAUCUUCUGGAGCCCUUUGACCGCCGGUCGCUUUGCCAUUGAAGCGUCUUGGACUGAUUGCUCUACUUCUGCUGGCUUUUGCAGAGACUUGUCAGUCCGUACCCAUCAACAAACGAGCACACAUUUGCCAAACGAGACCCCGGUCACCGGCUGCUCUUUGCAACGGCACGCCUCUGGCUCCAUCAGUCAAAGCAUCGGAAUUGAUUGGCACCCGGAUCGUCAUGGAAAAGGAGCAUCGCUCGUCCGAGAGCCCCGACGACUCCAACGGCGGCACCACGCCCGCGUCCGCGCCGCCCCUGCCACCGACCCGGCGCCUUCCGCAGUGGCUCGACCACUUCAACCGGCGGGACCUGACGACGACGCUGCGCUGCACCGUCGCCGUCUGGGUCGCGUCGCUGCUCAUCCUCAUCAACCCGAGCCUGCAGCGCUUCGGCCAGACGACGUUCCUCGCCGCCGUCGUCGUCUACAUCAUCCCGCCCGCCGGCAACCUCAUCGUGGCCGUCGUCGGCUACCUCUCGCUGCUGCUCGGCAUGUGCCUGGCCUGGGCCUGGGGGCUCGCCUCCAUGCGCGCCGCCCAGGCCGUCCGGCCCUGCAGCAGCAGGUCGGCGCCACGGCCCAGGCCACGGGCAACAACGACACGGCCGCCAUCGCCACCAUCCUCGUCCACGACGGCUUCAUGCUCGACACCCGCGUCACCGUCGUCUACUUUGUCAUGGGCUGCCUCUUUGUCUACUUUGUCAGUCGCCUGCGCUACAGCUUUAACCUGACCGUCCUCACCCAGCUCUUUGGCCUCAUCGCCAUCGACAUCUUCCUCGUCAUCGGCCCGACCCUCACGCGCUGGACCCCUCGCCUGCCCGAGGUUGUGGUGCUGCCUGCCGCCUGUGGCUGCGCCAUUGGUAUCGCCUGCGCCGUCUUCGUCUCCCCCCAGUCCACCAGCCAGGUCGCCGUCGGCCAGAUUGAGGACCUGCUCACUAUGCUCAACCACCCCAUCCAGACCGGCCGACAGUUUGUGGCCGGCUCGCUCGACUUUGACGCCAACCUCCUCAAGAGGACCAAGCGACGCGCCAUUACCCUCUACGCCCAGCUCCAGCCCAACAUGGCCUUUCUCCCCCUCGACGUGUCCCGCGGCCAGUGGAGCGCCGACGAUGUCAAGGCCGUCUACACAAAGUUUCAGGAUGUCUUGGCCGCUACAUUUGCCUUGCUCGACUUUCAAGUCGCCCGUGUCACCAGCCAGGACAAAAUUGACAAGCUCCGCGAUAUCAUCAACCCGCCCCAGACCGCCUCGUCCGACGACAAGGAAGCCAGGCCCCGCGACCCUCGUCACGCCAAGAUACUCCAAAACCCCGAACUAAUCAACGCCCUCAUCGCCCCCGGAACUGUGGUCGGCUCCGACGACAUGCGUGCCGCCUUGCACACGAGCUCCGAGGCUGUCUUGGAUGCUACCGCAGAUGCCAUCAGUCAUCUCGUGGAAGCGUUGAGCCUCGUCAACAUGAAUCGUUGGUUCAUGUCCAAAUCUGCUCGUACCAGACUCCCUCAAGCGGCCAUUGCGGUCAGACAAAUCGGCACUAGACUCACCCAGGCCCGCGAGGCUUGCAUUGCUGAUACGACCAAGGCCGCCAUCGACAUACACGGCAACUUGUUUGACGAAGACGGUCUUUUCAAGACGGAAAUGAAGGACGAAGCAAACAAAGUCGCUGGCCUCGUCAUUGCCUUUGUUAUCGAAGAACACAUCAUCGCCACGGCAGCCGCCUACGAAAAACUGACGGCAGAAGUAGCUCAGCUACUCGAGACACGAACCACGAAUCAAUUCUGGGGUCCCUUGAGGCGACGUCUCGCACGCAGCACCGACCAGGGCACCGACGCCCCCGCCUUGUCUGGCCAGGCCGUCAUUGACCCAGACAGAAUCCAGACGCAGGCCAGGGAAACAGAGAGACGAAUCAAAGUCGUGUCCAAGGGACACGGUAUUCCCAAGAAGCGCGGAAACCCGAUAGCCAGGACCAUUGCGGCAAUCUCGAGCUGGCUGACUGCACCCGGCAGUCUCUAUGCCCUGCGCGUUGUUGCCGUAACCAUUGCUACCGGUAUUCCAGCUGUCAUUCCCCACACGGCCGGCUUCUACUACCGAGAAAAGGGAAUAUGGACUCUCGUCACGGCGCAAACCUGCAUCCUCAUGUACAUGUCAGACUUUACGUUUUCCAUCAUGACUCGCGCUGUCGGAACUGUUUUUGGUGGGCUUUUGGGCCUCGUUAUCUGGUAUAUCUCUGCAGGUACUGGCAUAGGUAACCCGUAUGGCCUAGCUGCGGCCUUGCCGUUUGGUAUCAUCCUCUUCAUCUGGGCUAGGCUUUGGCUCCCGCAGGCGUAUCUGCAAGGUACAGGUCUGGGCGCGUCCACCUUUGCCAUGAUCAUCGGGUACAGCUGGGAUAUGCACCACCUAAGUACUUAUGGCUUGCCUGGCCUUGGUUAUCAGACGUUUUGGAGACGGCUGGUGACCGUUCUCAUUGGCUUUGCGGCUGCGUUGAUCGUGCAGAUGCUGCCCAAGCCUCCUUCGGGGACGCACCACGUCGCAAAGACGCUCGCCAACAGCCUGCACACAAUUAGCGACCACUAUGCGUUGCUCAUCUCUCACUGGGGCAGCGGAUCAGCCAUCGGUGGUGAUUACAGCGGCGUGAGAAAUGUGAUUACCUCGACGGGCCUUGCUGUCGGACAGUCGCUCUCUGCGCUCAAUGACCCGAUUGCCAUGCUCAAGUUUGAGACGACCAUGUCGCCAUUUGACAAGACGAGCCUCCGCCGAGCGCAGGAGCUCCUGAUCCUGAUGAAUCAGUCCCUUACCAAGGUGAUGCUGGCCGGCACCACGCUUCCCAUCGAGUACCAGAAGCGCCUGAUCAAGACGUCUGGCAUUGCCGACGAUGCGUGCAUCAGCAACAUCAUGUCGGUUCUUGUGCUUGCCAAGCAGUCGCUGCGCAGCGGCGGGCCGCUCCCAGAACGUCUGCCCACGCCGCUCCUUGCGACAUGCUACGGCGACUACUGCGCCAAGCACGGUUUCGUGGAGCUGCGCCGCGAGUACAUGGAGAGCGAGGAUUUCCGCGCCUACUGCGUUGCGUUGUCCGCUUACCUUACGUUCCUUCAUGCUGCGGACGAACUCGUUAGCAUGCUCAAGGAGACGGUGGGAGAAAGUCACAUUGUGCAUGACUGGAGCGAACUCUCUGAGACUGUUUGA